AUGAAUACCCAAAGUAAUAAUAUAAAUAACUUUAAGAAUGUUAAAACAAUAGAAUUACAAAUCAACAAAGAUAAAUUUUCUCUUCAAAGCCCAUGGGAAGUUAGCGAUUUAAUAUCAAAAGAAGAUUAUAGUGAAUUCAUAAAUUCAAUUAAUCAAAUUCUUAAUAAUUUUAGUUUCCUUUACACUUCUAUUUUCACAUUUACAUUGAGUUUUAUAUUUUUUGCAAUGUUUAAAUCUUCAAUCUUUUUAGCAUGGCUUUUAGAAUAUACUUUAAUUCAAGAAAAAAUAUUUCAAUUUAAUAAAACAAAAAGUAUGUAUGGUGUACCAAUUCAAUUUUGUUUAUUAUUAAGAAAAAAGGAAGAAAUAAAUCAUUUUUCUGGAGAACAUGAUGAUAUCAGUUUAAUACUUUCAUAUGAUAAUGAUAAAAAUGAUGAAAUUUAUUCAAUUGAAAAUAAUAUUCAAGUUAAUAAUAACAAUAAUACUUUCAUUGAAAUAGAUACGUGUAAAAUCAACAAUAACAAUUGCGAUAUAAAUGAUAAUAAUAUUAUUAAAAAUAAUUCAAUUACUAUUGAUAUAUCAAAUAAUAAUAAAAUUGGAGAAUCUAAAGCUUAA